AUGCCUCCCAAGCAGAUCGGAAAGCGUAAGCAGGACGAUCUUCCUGCGGGCGAUCCCACCGCGUCCUCAACGCUUCCUUCUGACGAUGCUCCUGCCCCUGCGAAGCGAGCGAGGAUAACGCGUUCGUCCAAAGCGACCGUGCCUAUCGAUGAACCAACUCCGAUGGAUAUCGAUGAUCCCGACAUCGUCGACGAUCCUGAUGGUGUCACCGAUAACCCUGGCGGCUACAAGCCAUCUCCCUCGAUCAAGAAACAUCAGCCAAAAACACGGGCUUCUACCAAGGUCAAGGCUCCUCUGGCACGGCAGCAAUCCGAUGAGAGCGAUACUGAUGGCGAUAAUUCAGCGGAUGACUCGGGUUCUGUCGAUGGAGACGGCGCUGGGAAUGCAUCAACCAAAGUCCUAGCGCUGAACGAUGAGCAGAAAAUAGCGCUCAAGAAGCCAAAAAUCGAUUUCUCCCUUGCACCGAUAACCGAUGUCAAGGACAUGUUCGAAGACAUGGUAGGGCGUGCAUUGGGUGCCAACCUGGACGCGGCCGCGGCAAAAUUUGGCAACAAGCCGCUCCGUGUUGCGACGAUGUGCUCAGGCACAGAGAGUCCCCUUCUUGCAUGGAAAAUGAUCAAUACCGGCCUUGAGAGCAACAUGAAACGCCGCAUCGAAUUUAGUCACGAAUUCAGCGCCGAAAUCGAGCCGUUCAAGCAAGCCUAUAUCGAACGGAAUUUUGAUGUUUCACUGUUAUUCAAAGACGUCGUCGAGAUGACUCGAAAGAAAUUCGAGAAGGCGACCACCGCAUAUGGUAGAGAGGCGGAAAUCCCUGGAAAUCUCGAUUUCCUCAUUGUCGGAUUUUCUUGCGUCGACUUUUCGAACCUUAAUACCAACAAGAAAACCCUCGAAGCAGACGGGCAAUCUGGCCAAACCUUCCGUGCCGUUAUCGGAUAUGCGGAGAAGUGGUAUCCGAAUAUCAUUCUUGUGGAGAACGUCUCGGGAUGCAAAUGGGACGGGCUCAAAACAAGCUUCGAUGCGAUUGGCUACGAGUUCGAGUGGGUGAAAGUAGAUACUAAAGACUACUAUAUUCCGCACACUCGUCAGCGAGGCUAUGGCAUCGUUGUCCGUCGUGCAAUCUUCAGUAGCCCAACGGAUGCGAGGAAAGCGGUAGAAGCUUGGAAACGCCAUCUGACAGUAACGUUCAAACGUCCUGCUUCGUCAACAUUCAUCGACUACCUGCUUCCCGAACAUGACCCACGAAUUCAGAAGGCCAAGUGGGACCGGGCAGCGAAAAAGUCAAAUAACACAUCUUGGGAAGCGUCUCAGGUCCGCCAUGAAGAAGUGCGCCAAGAUUUGGGAUUGGGUGACAAACGCGAGUUCCUCAAGUGGGUUUCCAAUGGGGGAUGCCGACCGCGAGAGUACAUGGACAGAGACUGGAUUCUCAGAAGAGCCGAACGAGAAUUGGACCUUUUGGAAGUUGUCAACCUUCGGGCGAUCUGUGAACUGGAAGUCGACCCUGAAUUUAAGGCGAUGGUCUUCGACAUUUCACAAAACCCAGAGCGUCUCAUGAACGCCUACCCACAACACGUUAUCAAUUGCAUCACGCCACGAGGUGUCAAGUACCUGACCUACAAGGGCCGUUCGCUUACUGGAUUCGAACUUCUUCACCUACAAGGCAUUCCCAUCGACACAAUUUCUCUAACCAACGAGACGGACGAGGAACUGUCCGAUCUUGCAGGGAACGCGAUGAGCACGACUGUCAUCGGAGCCUCCAUAUUGUCCGCCAUGUUGGCGGUAUUCCCGCUGCGGAACCCGAAUCCGGCUAGUUCUUCGAAUACCAAGGAUUUGAACGGACACGCAAACAAUGGGAUUCUACCAGCAAAAAAGCGAGAUGAGAAGAAAACGGCGAAGAAGGUCAAAACAUUCAAGUCCGACUUCCACCCUCCCCUGGAGCCGUAUGCGGGCGGCGACGACGAUCCACGAGCCAAGGAUUGGAACCCAGAUGUCAUGCCCGGCAAAUACGACGAUGAGAUAGACGUACCUCGUGUUAGCAAUUUCGGAUCAUAUCUUGAAGGCCUUCGAAUGAGUCCAAGAUAUGAUGAUGUUGAACUCGGAGCAAUCGAAAGUGCCCGAAAGUGCUACUGCGAAGGCUUCGAUCGGGUUGCUCCUUCAGCAAUCCAGCGUUGCCGUAGCUGCAACCACACCACUUGCGUCACUUGCGGCCAACAUCCGGAGCACGAGUACCAAGUCGUCACGACGGCGACCAAUUUCCCACGGGCACCGAGUCCGCCUCCAAGCCCUAAAAUAGUUGGCAAGGAGCCCAAAAAGGGUUCUGACAAACCUCCUCACGUUGAGCAUUGGGAUAUCAACAACAGAAAGAGUGACGGGAGAUUAGAACCCCAUGAAUUCAAGCAGACGUGGGCAAAAUCGUUUCCGCUCAAGAUUCGACUUACAGGAUACACUGAGAACCCAACUGGCAGUAUAACCUUGAGGGAUCGGGUUCAACUACGGACUCGCAAUGCUCUUACACAGCCCCUGUCGCUAAAGCAGAUCAUUCGGUCGACAAGUUGGAUCGUCCAGUACGGCAAUGAUGACGCCCGGCUCCAAAUAGUCAUCAAUGACCAUUCCCGCAUUCGGUUGUUCAUCAAACCUGACCACGCGCUCCCCCUCGGUGACCCCUUGAGGCAGUUUUUGGAACUUUUCCCCGUCGCCGAGUGUCAGUUCAAGUUUGACUUCUGGAAGCCCAGCUAUCGCCAGGAGUGGGAAUGGUUAGAGCCAUUCGAUUGCCCCAGCCUAACUCCAGACAGAAAUGUCCUGGAGCAGGCGCCCCCGAUGCCGAUCACCAUCAUCGGCAAAGUCAGAGAAUCGCCCUCGGCAAGGGCCCAAACGGGGAUUGAGAGGUGGGCCAACGAGACAGUCCCGUCGGAACUUGAGAUUGACGCCUCAAAUUUCGAUAUGGAACAGCCCUCUUCGAGGACCCGCAUCUCCGGGACGUACCGAUACCUCCCCAAGUGCGGUACAGCAUUCUCCUGCCUAUAUUCUUUACAGGGCAGAAGCCAGGGCGAGAACGUCUUCUUUUUCUUGGAGAUGUCAAAGUUCGACGGCAAGGAGGCCGAUCGAUUCGUGUUCUCCCCGGAGCACGAACGACUAGACGACGGCCAAGUCCGGCCGAUAAUCGCCUUGCUGAACUCAGCAUGGCGCCCCUGGGGUCUACCCAUCCAGUCAGACCAUGCACCCCAUCCCCCCUCCCCCUCCCCCGACAAGAUCGCGGCGAUCUCUGGUGGCAGCACGAUGGCCAUGGAUACGAGUAUUGCCCCAGUACUCCGUAUCCACGGAAAAUGGUGCCCAAUGGAGACCCGGCUGGAAGUUGUCGACUCCGCCAUAACCGUAAAAGGUUAUGGCCGGAGCGGCCUUUCGGACCAUGACUAUGGCAGCUGCGAUGACCAUUUCUCCCUGGUCACAGUACGGGUGCCGCGACCGGAAGUGUGGCAACACACCAAAGCACGGUGGUACACGCUGACGGACGUUGGCAUCCCGGAAGAGCUCGCGGGGAAUUUCCUUUGGGCCAUUCAAGCAAUCCAGAGCGAUUUGGGCAAGGACCCCAGACCGAUCCCGAUUCGAACGAUCUCGAAGGAAGAUCUCCCAGCUGCACUUUGUUUCACGUGUGCACCAAGUAAACCGAUGACCGUCUGGAAACGCGAUACAGACAGGCCGAAUGCCACCAUGGAAUCCCUCCUCCCAUAUGAGGAACCCGCUGUCGCGCGUCGCUACGAGAUGAAAUUGAAACGGCAACCGCCACGACUGUCAGCGACGGUCAGUGAAGACGGCGACUCCCGGCUUUCAGUUCGAGUAAGCGGAAGUAUUCGGCUACUCGAGCACAUGGCUAUAUCAUUACUGAGCGAGACCUUGGCUGCACCCAUCAAACGGAGCCAGCUCAUCGAAAUGGGCACAAUGUGGCGCCUCGACCCUUUCUUCGUGCCCUCCACUGACCACCACGCUCCCGUAUUUACUCUUCAGAGUAACAAGGAGACAGCGCCAUAUGUGAAUACCGGUCUCUUCAACGGAAACCUAAAGCUGAGAGACGACCAGCAGCGAUCACUCCAAUGGAUGCUGGAGCAGGAGCGAGGAAAGGUCUUCGAAGUCGAAGAAUGGGAGGAAGCCUGCGUGCAGAAAGUGGGCUGGCGACUGUCCGUUGGAGCAAAGGCAAAGGUCCUUGUCAAGGGCGGUGUUAUCGCUGACCAAGUCUCCUAUGGAAAGACCAUCAUCUCUCUGGGUCUCAUCUCCACGGACGUUGUUAAGAAACCAGACGCAAGCCAGAAGGAGUUCAAAGCCCAGCCAGCGAAGUCACAAACUGAACCCGGCCAGGUUGAUGCAACACUGGUUAUAUGUCCAAGCCACCUAGUCGAGCAAUGGGCGGACGAAGCCAAGAUCUUCCUCCCGAAAGAAUACUUUGGCGGGGAAAAGGUCCUAACGGUUAGGACGAUCGGUGAUCUGAGAAAGAUCACUAUAGCCAAAGUCCGCAACGCACGCAUAAUUGUCCUAAACUGGGACAUCUUAACUAACAGUACAUACGUGAACGACCUUGCGAAGUUCGCCGCCGUUCCGAAACCGGUCAUUUACAAAGGUCGCGCCUAUGCUUCCUACCACGCGACGCUAAUGACCGAAUUUCAGAAAGAGGCGAGCCGGAUGUGGUCUGACAAGGCCGCCUUCACGAAGGAGUUUGCAGGGAAGCGCCGUCUUGACAAGAUGAAAGAAGAGAUAUUUACAGGGAAUCGAUUCAGUGAGCCGGCACUGGACCUAAAGGACAAGUUUGUUGGAGUUCCCUUGCAGGCCUUCAAAUUCAGGCGGAUUAUCGUGGAUGAGUUCUCGUACGUGAACGAGAGGACGGAUAUUGAGAACCGGAAGCAGACACUGCUGAUCGAGCUAUCUGCUCUGGAGGCCGAAGCUCGGUGGCUCCUUUCUGGGACCCCUCCGCUAUCGACCUUUGAAGAUGUCAAUCGCGUCGCCACACUCCUUGGCAUCAGUCUAGGUGUAGCUCGAUAUACCAUGGCAGAGCUGAAGUCGAAGCAGCGCAGCCCAGGCGAGAUUUUUGCGCAGUUUAAAGAAGCGCGGAGUACGAUGUGGACACAGGCCCGUAACCGACAAGCGGCCAAAUUCCUCGACGUAUUCGUCCGACAGAAUGAGGCGGACCUCUAUGGGGUCGAUUGUUACGAGAUCAUCAUGCCCGUAUACCUCCAUCCCGACCACAAAGCGCAAUACCUUCAACGCGCGCAGCUGCUCAACAUCAUUGACAACAAUGUCAAAACCGAGGACGACAAGAUCUCCCGCUGUGAGGGACUUCUCGAUGGUAUGAGCAGCCCGGCAUUGGCCUUACAGCAGUCUGCGACGGUGUUCUCGGGAGAAACUCUGAGGGACAUACUUUCCGCCCGGAAAAGCCAGUCCGACAAGAUCUUCAAUGGUAAUUUCACAGGCUUCGUCAAGAUAGCCUACGGUUGCUAUUGCCAGGCGAAUAUGGCGAACAAACAGCAGAAAAGAGCCGAUAUGACGGAGAUCCUGCAGCGGUAUGAAACAUGGAAACAAGGGACCAUAAAGGGUACUUACAACGACCCUGAGUGCACCCGUCGCUUCGCCUCUCUCAUCAAGCAUGUGGAGUCUGGUGUAGCGGACACCAGUGUACCCGACAAAGGCGAAGAAGAUGGAAAAAACCCUCUGGUUGCCGAUUGGAAAAAACCCCCCAUGUCAAAUUUCCGCGAAGUGAUUCUCCGUAUUCGGAGAGCGGCCAAGGAUAUUGUUGAACAUGAACGAGGGUUGCGCUUCGUGAGACACACGCAGCGCAUGAUCGAGCUCGCGCCUUAUCUCCCUUCCAACGUUUCGAUGGCCUGCAGCAAGUGCAGCGUGCCUACGAAUAUUUUACGCUUACAAGUCCUCUCUUUGUGCGGACACAUCCUUUGCGACGCAUGCCAUGGGACCGGAACACCUACGCCUCCAUGCACCAUUGAUGGGUGCGAUGGAUUCGCCCACAAGAUCGUAGGCGUACGCCUCCACGAUCUUAUUCCUUCCAAAAAAUACCAAGUUCAUCCGUUCUCAGGCAAAUACGGGGAAAAGUUGUGCAGAGUUGGCCAAUUGAUCGAAAUGUUUAAAGACGACAAGAUUCUGCUCUUCGUGAGCACUACACGUCAACGCGAUGAAGCCGUUCGCGUCCUCGAUUUCCUCCAGAUUGGUCACCUCACUCUGUCUUCUGAGGCCCCGUCGAGUGACUCUGCAAGGAAGAAGAAGGCUGGCAUUAGCGAGAUGAUGAAGGACGCAGACGAGAAGCUCGCUCAUUUCAAAACAGAGCCCGAGAUGAGAGUCCUGAUUCUAAACCAAGGCGACGAAUGUGUGGCCGGCGCCAACCUUACCGAGGCACGCCACAUCAUCUUCCUUUGUCCCGUGUUGGCCUCGACUCAGCAGGAGUACCGAAUGCAAAUGUGCCAGGCCAUUGGCCGGAGCAGACGAUAUGGCCAGAAAAAUAAAAUUUUCGUCUGGAGAUUCGUCUCCUUACAAACCAUUGAUGUUGACAUCCUGGAGCAUAGGGAGCAUCGUACGCGGGUUGUGCGGUCUCUUGAGGAAGCGGUCAACCCGGCAAGCUUUGCUAUUUCUCCUCACCCAGCUGACAUUCAUGCACCUCUACAAGAGCCAGGCUUCAACGAGAAGGUCGGAAGCGUCCUCGAAUUAGUGUCGAAGAAGGUGAAGAUACCGGAUCCGAAAGAUGCGACGAAAACGGUGGAGGUGAUAGAGUCUCGCUAUGAACUCAACCGGAGUGCGAGGGAAAGGGAGAGCGACGGUGUAGUCCGAAGAAUUGGAAACUUCGCUUCAGCUAUCAAACUGACUGCCACAUUCUCGGAGUGA